CUGCCGGCAAGAGCGAUCACGACUAGCAUCAGCGUUAUCAGCGGCAUCCCUACAACCAGCACCAACCCUGACCCCGGCCCCAUCAUCAGUAUUAUACCCAAACGAGCAUGCCCACAACAACGUUUCCUCUCGCACUCGCUCCACUCCCAGAUACUUCAUCAUCCACCUCGGCACUCUACCUCCGACUAGGGCUGCUGGAAGACCUCCUUUCUCAACCAACUCAAUUACGAAUACCGGAUGAGACUACAAUCAAUUCAAAAAAAGGAGAUGUGGAUGUACCGCCUCGGCCGGGGCAAGACCUAACUUCCCGCCUAGAAGCUCUAGAAAGAGGCUUGCAAGACUUGAUCAGAGGAAGCGGGAGCGGGAGUGGGAAGGAGGGGUUGAGGAGGUUUGUGGAUCGGUUCGAUUCAAUUCAGGUCCUGCUCAGGCACGUCCCGGACCCCCGGACGACCACCCCCACGCUCACUUCCAUAACGUCCAACACCGCCAUAAACACCACUGACUCGGCAGGCACACAGCCUGGGAACUCGGUCGAUGCCAACCUCGAUCCCUCCUUCUCGACUACAACCGCGAUCCCGGCGAUCUCGACAGAGACGAAACUAUCCCUCGUCCUCCCGUCUUCCCAGACGCUUCUUGCUAUUCCGGCUCAGUACACGGCUUUGAGAGCGUUAUUGGAUCGGGGCGUGGAUGGAGCUGGCGAGUUGGACAGAUACUUCUCAGGCCCACCCGGGGGCAGUUCGAGCCGGAAAGUCGGCGGGGCCGCAGAGAAUGUCUCCGAUGACAAUAAGGAGAAGGUAGAGAACGGGGUGGAGAGAGAGGAGCAGGUGGAUGUAGGACAGCGGAUCAGGGCUAUCCGACGAACGCUCGAUACGAGGAACUUUGGCACCAUGCCAUCAGUGCCACCAAAGGAAACGCAAUCAGUUGGACCGAAAGUCGGGAACACGAUGCGUCGGGAGGAGGUCGGAGACGGAGAUGCGGCUGGUCAUGAGGAAGGAAAAGGAGCUAGGGCGCAGAAUUUGCGGAGGGUCGGGGAGGUUUUGGGGAGGUGGGAUGCGUUCGUGAGUCCCCUUUUUCGGUCGACUUGUGUCUCUUUUUCGUCUUCGGUGUUCUGCCGUAGGCUCGGCUGCCCGAGAUUAUCGCUCCAAGCCGGGUGCCAGGGUUGCGAUUCGCAUCACCGAGCAGUUCGGGACGGUUUCGGUAGGAAUCAGUCGGCUUGGGCCUAGCAGGAAAGAUCUGGGCAAGAUUAGGCAUCAGAGAUCGUUUGCGAGCGGGUUUCCGAUGCGGGAUAGGUUAGCCGGAAAACGACCGGAGGGAGAUCAGCAGUCUGGUCGAGGUCGAACCUUCGAGAUGUUUGACUGGGCGUAUCACAAUGGGAUUGCGGAUGGCAUUCGCCAUGAGACUAAGAGGAUCCGAUAGAGCCGGUCCCAAAAGCGGGAUUUGGGUGAGAAGCCGAUCUGCGGAAAGAAAGGGUACCGCCGCGUAUCAAUCAAUACUCUGGAGCAUGAA